AUGGCAACCACCGCUUUGCAGUCUGAAGGCGCCCUUCGACGGUCCACAACCACCGAAUCCACGCCCAACACUUCAGCCAACAUCUCACCUCUCGAUAGUCCGAGAACUUCCCCCUCGUCGACCUCAUUGUCAUCUCUCUCCGAGGAGGACGUAGCCAUCCAGAACAAGACCACCUCUCAGAAGAAGACGCAGCUCGUGGACACAUACGGAAACAGCUUCGAGAUCCCUGAUUACACCAUUGGUGACAUCCACAAAGCCAUCCCUAAGCAUUGCUUUGAGAGGUCUGCCGCCACUGGCUUGUACUAUGUUGCUCGAGACGUUGUAUCAUUGGCCACCACCUUUUAUCUCUUCAACCGCUUUGUCACUCCCGAAGUCAUCCCCUCGACUCCUCUCCGAGCUGGUCUCUGGUUUCUGUACACCGUCAUUCAAGGCCUGUUCGGCACUGGAUUAUGGGUGUUGGCUCACGAGUGCGGGCAUCAAUCCUUCUCUCCCAGCAAAGUCUUGAACGACACCGUUGGCUGGUUCUGCCAUUCCGCUCUUUUGGUCCCUUACUUUUCCUGGAAGAUCUCACACGGUAAGCACCACAAAGCCACCGGCCACAUGGAGCGAGACAUGGUCUUUGUGCCGUCCACCAAGGAAGAAUAUGCCACCAAGCGGGGUUACCUCCUCCACCAACUCGACGAACUGACCGAGGAAACUCCCAUCGCCACUGCUUACCAUUUGAUCGCCCAGCAACUCGGUGGCUGGCCCAUGUAUCUCCUUACCAACGUCACUGGCCAUAACAAGCAUGAGGGACAACGUGAAGGCCGUGGUGUGGGCAAGCAAAACGGGUUCGGUACUGGCGUCAAUCACUUCAACCCCAACAGCCCGUUAUAUGAGGCCAAGGACGCCAAAUUGAUUCUUCUCAGCGAUCUGGGUCUCCUCAUCACCAGCAGCAUCUUGUUCUUGGUGGGCAAGAACUAUGGUUUCGCCAAUCUGUUUGUUUGGUAUAUUGCCCCAUAUCUGUGGGUGAAUCACUGGUUGGUGGCCAUUACCUUCCUUCAACAUACCGACCCUUCCCUGCCCCACUAUACCCCCGAGUCUUGGACCUAUACACGAGGCGCCGCAGCGACCAUUGAUCGGGAAUUUGGAUUUGUCGGUCGCCAACUCCUCCACGGCAUCAUCGAAACCCACGUUCUUCACCACUACGUGAGCACCAUUCCAUUCUACCAUGCCGACGAGGCAGGCGAUGCCAUCAAGAGCGUCAUGGGCCGUCAUUACCGCAGUGAUACUCGGGGCGGGUCUUUGGGGUUCCUCAAGAGCAUUUGGACCUCGAUGCGCUGGUGCAACUGGGUUGAGCCGCUCGAGGGCGCAACAGGCGAAGAUGCAGGCGUACUAUUUUUCCGCAAUCGCAAUGGCUUGGGUCUGGCGCCUGCCAAGAGGCAAGAGAAGACAACUGCUUAG